UCUCAGAGGGUUCCGACAUCGUCUUUUUUUUUCGCGGUUGGCGACUUUCAUCAUGUCGCAGGACCGGGGGAAGGAUCCGUCACACUCGCUCACGACCGCCCGACAAGGUCAUAACAGGAAGACGUUUGACUCGCCGUUCAAGGUCGACCCGACUGUCGACGGCAAGCGGGACGACCCGGUGUGGCAUUUCAUGGCCAGAGGGCGUUAUUUGGAUGGGUCGACGGCGGCGGGCAGGAAGAGCGGUUGUCAAUGCCUGUGCAGGUUGUGCGGGCGUUCGAUUUGUGGGGGCGCUAAAGCCGCCAGGGAGCACUUCUCGAAGAGCGUGAAGUUUCGAUGUGAGGCAGCCACUCCUGCUGUGUGGAAUGCGAUCUGGUCGAAGGACAUGACAAAAUGUCCAAAGGAGUUCGUGUCGGCCAUGGAAACGUUGCAGAGCCACUUGCCAGGUCAUCCGAGCUUGAAGUGGCCACCUCUUCGAUUCCCCGAGGACGCAGUGUCGCCGCUGGUUCCUCCCACCGCCCCUUCUGGAGCCGUCGCAUCGCCCAAUUCUGGGGCUCCGGCCAUUCGAGUCACGGUACCGCAUCCUGCAACAGCAGUUGCAACACGACCGGCAGCCCCGCCGUCUGCGCCGCUGGCUGGGACACGAGGUGCUCGCGAUGUGGGAGUUGGUCGUUCCACGCCAGCCAACGAGCCCCCGCCUCUGAGGGAUGGUGUGGGCUCUGCGGCAUUUGACGAGGAGAGCACACGUGCAUUUAUUGAGAGUCGCAGUUCGUCGGAGCACCCCUGGCUGCCACCGCCACCGUCGAGAGCGGCGCAGCGUCCAAUGGUCCACCACGCUCACGGAACCGCCCACCCGGAUCCGUCACACGCACCUGCAGAUGCUCGACAUUCUGCUUCCGUGGCUCGUUUCGGGGAACAGGUGGAUCAUGGGGUGCCUGCCGAGGAGGUCCCCGCUCCGGUGUCCGAUUCAUCGCCGACCCCUGUUCCGACAACCACGGGCGGUGGUCGGUCUGCCCCACGGCCUCCACCCGUGUUGAUCGGAACGUUAGACCCUUUGCAGCGCAUUCGUGACCUUGCAGUCGCCCAGAGCGCGACACCUGUGAGCCCUGGCGGGUUGUUGGAUGUUGGGGUUCUCGGCGGGAGAGCUACGACAGGACUAUGUCGGGGCACUUACAGACAGCAAGCCGUCACGUCAUAUUAUUCGGACCCUUUGGAGCGCGCAUGGCAUCUGCAAAUCAUGCGGUUCAUCGUCGAGAGCGGGAUGCCGUUCAACAGCACGAAGCUUGAAAGCUUCAAACGCAUGUUCACGAUGAUAAUCCCCCCGGGGGUUCCAGGGGCGCCCGCACCUAGACUUCCCUCGUACCACAUGCUGCGCACGACCCUUUUGGACGAGCUGGAUAGUGAGGUCCAGAAGUGUGUUCGACCGGUGCUUGACACAUCGAGAGAGACCGGUUGCACAAUCAUGACCGAUGGUUGGACCAACAUCCGUGGUCAGACGUUGUGCAACUACCUUGUUGGUAUAGAGAUCGGGGUGGUGUAUGUGUCCACCGACGUCAUGCGUGGCAAAAAGGACGCCAGUGCCCUCGCGAACGCAUGGUUGAAAAGGGUGAAGUCCAUGGACGUUCAAUUGAGCGACAUCACGGCGUUCGUGACGGACUCCGCCAGGGUGAACGUCGCGACGAUGGAGGUAUUCCAAAAAGAUGAGUGUGUGAAACACAUUUUCUGGAUUCCUUGCGUCGCCCACAUCAUGGAUCUCAUUCUCGAGGACAUCCGCGGGAUUGAUUGGGUGGCUUCCCGCAUUUCUCAAGCGAGGCAAGUUACAAGGUUCUUCAAGCACCAUGGACAUGUGAGAGAGGUUCUUGAGGCGCACUCGACGAAGACUCUUCUGCUACCGGCGGAGACGCGUUUCGGCACGAACGUCAUCAUGAUAGAGAGGCUGGUGGCACUGCGGGCCGCGUUGACAGAUGUUGUGGCCGACGAUCGCUGGCGCGAGACUGUUUGGUCAACCAGCAAGAUCCGCAAGGAUGCAGCGGAGAUCAGCAAGAUUCUGCGACGUUACGAGAAAAUGAUUGCAUCUUGUUUAUCCGCAUGUCGUGACAUUGAUCGGGAGCAGCAGGACGCUAUUGUGGAGGUGUUCCACAGGCGGCKCACCAUGUUCAAGACCCCCGCCCACACGGCAGCCAUGCUGCUAGAUCCAGAGUUCCGGGACGCGACGCUUUGUGACGAUGCGGAGGUGCAGCAGGCCUUGGUCGAGGCCCUUGUCCAGUUCGGCUACCCGGAGGAUUCGCCGAUCCUUCGUAUAUGGGCGACCGCCUCACCGUGCGAGAGAGAGUGGUCUCGUUGGAGCUUCAUUCAUUCGAAGUCUCGCAACGAGUUGGAGGUUCCCCGGGCUGAGAAGCUUGUGCGGUGCCACUGGAACCUCAGGCUACUCGAUCGACCUUCGUUGUGCGACGAUGGUGUUGGAGAGAGGCCCGGCGUCUUCGGGAAAUGGGUGCAUUAUUGGCAAGCCGUGGAGGACGAGGCAGCCGUGGACCAGCAACUCGUCAGAGGCACCGGUGUUCUGGCGAAGGUGACCAAUAAGGAGUUAAGCCUCUCCAGAGAGAGGAUGCGUGCCAUUUCCCGCAUGGGAGCCGAGCGUCGGGUGGCGGAAUCGGACAGGAGGCGACGCAGGGCUGGUGGUCGGGGACGUGGCGACCGUGGACGAGCAGGUGUCGGAGGACGUACACGUGGCGAUGCGGGUUCCGCUCCUCGGACUCGGCGACAACGGACGGAUGGUGGCAUUCGCAAGGCCCGCAUGCGUUGGGACGAGGGUGACUUCUUGUUCGACAGCAUAUCCAGCGACGACGACGAUUUCUUUGCGUCGGGAACACAUGCAUCACGGGUGAUGAUAGAGGUGACGCUGACGACAGAGGCGAUGACAGAGGCGACGGUGAUGACAGAGGUGUCGAACACAUCUUCAUGCAAUGCCCGAUCGCCCAACUUAUAUGGAGAUGGUGGGAUCGCAUAUGGAGAAAGAUGGAAUCCGCAAUAGCUUGGCCAUGGUCCUGGCAAGCCAUAUUAGCUGGCCACUGGCCACAGGCAGAAACAGUCACGACCUUCAUAGAGAAUAUGUACAGACUUGGAAGGAGAGCAGUGAUAUGGGCACUCUGGUGGCAGCGAUGCACGCUUACCAUGGAAAAGGUGAGAGUAGAAGAGCCAGAAAUCACCGAACAGAUUCAGCAGCAGGUACACUUCGAACUCACACAAAGAUGGUUAGACACAAAAGGAUGGAUUGCAAGAGUAGAAUGGAGUGGAUACAGGGGAGAGGGACAUAUGGAUUCGGAAGAGAUGAGAGACUACCGCUUAAGCUUCAAUGA